ACAAUAUAUAUAAAAGGUAUAUGUGUGUUCAGUCCAAAUCCCUCUGAUUCUCGUGUACAUAAACAUCAGUCCCAACUAAAUCAUCUAGAAAAAACCCUCUUUGAGAAAAAUCAUCCAAAACAAUGUACUCUUCAUUGUCUGUGUCAAAACGCCUCCUUUUGAUCCAUGUCUUGGCCAUACAACUUCUCCUUAUAAGCAGUGAAUUGUAUUUAAACACGACCAAUGCGUAUCUCAACUACAAAUGCUUGGAUAGUCAAGGAAAAUACAAGCGGGGAAGUAGGUACGAGGAAAUUUUAAUAUCUAACACCAAAAGGUUCUAUGUGGACAGUAGCCUUAGAAGAGCUUUCACCCUUUUCGGCUCUGAUAAAUUUUCCGCUAUCCUCCAGUGCCGUGGAGAUUCCUACGGGACCAAAUGCCACGAUUGCUUUGCCACUGCCCUCGCUGCGCUUAUUAGGAAAUGUCCAUGGUAUAAGGGGAGGAUAAUAUGGUAUGACCAAUGUCUUCUCACGUUUUCGUCCAAUCAUUCUACUGGAAUGAUCGAUUACGACAAUAUCUUUUGUAUGUCCAACGCGAAGAAGUUGGGAGAUAAGCUCGGGUUUGCAAGUGUAUGGAAUACUCUCUUGGACAAUCUUACGACUUUAGCUAUCAGUCGAGUUAAUUACACUGAGCCAACAGCAUUGUACUCUGUGGGGGAGACACGGUUCAAGGGUGAUACAAUUUAUGGAAUGGUGCAGUGUACCAAAGACAUAGGACCAGAAGCUUGUGAAGAGUGUUUGGUUUUUAAUAGGUUGCAUUUUCAAGAUUGCCUGAAUGAUAAACGAGGAGCGAGAUUUGUCGGUGGAAGCUGUACUUUUAGGUUUGAGUUUUAUCCUUUUAUUACCAAGCCGGUUCAAAAUAUUUAAAGACCUAAAUAUAUAUAUUUUUUGUUUGAUUUUUUCAAUCAUAAGCUUAUGUAACAUCAAGUGCUACUUUUUGAAAGAAUAAAACAACAGGAUAAUGAUAGGAUAAGAUAAUUCUCUCCUAUCUAAUUGAUUUAUGCUUCAA